UCCUCAUUGACUGAUUAUUUCGUGCAAUCCGAAGACACCGACGAAUCUAAACAGAUAUUCUUUAAUACAGAUGUAGCCGGCUUUUUAAGCGGACGAACCUGACUGUGGGGCUAUACAUUGUAGUAAAAGAAUAGCGGCCAAUAUGCAGAGCAGUGCAACAAAAACAAUAGAGAAGGAGUCUUCCGAGGAAUCAUCUCCACGAUGUUUUCGCUCAACAAGAAGUUUCCAACCGAAACGGGUCUCCGAGCUGCCACCGCUUGAAUCCGAUUCUGAGUCGGAUGGGGACGGAAACUUGAACUGCGCUAUCCUGAACGAUUCGUUCCUCCUGACGCCGUCAAAAUGUGCCGAUGACUUGGGAAGCACAGAGAAACAGUCGGUAAUCCAAACCGCAACAGAGAAUAAAGAUGUGGUCCCUAAAUCACGCAUCAAGCUGGAGGAUAGAUUGUUUCCCACCGUCGUUGGCGGUGAAGAUUCGAAAUCGAUCAAAAGACCGCCGCUGGUGGAACGCACGCAGCUGGUGGAACGCACGCAGCUGGUGGAGUCAAAACCUUCGAAUGGGUCAUCACCGACUAAAACAUCGCGAAGUCAAGAUUCCGGUAACGUGACCGCAAGCCACGAUGAGCUGUGCAAUAGUGCAGUUGAAAGAACGGCGAAAUCAGAACGCAUUCGCAGUCCAAUUCAACCCGACGUUGAGCCGGAUAAAAUGAGUGUCGACAAAAGCCGCCAUCAGUUUGUCACACCGAGAGAAAAGUUACCUUUGGGUGUUUCUCGCGGUACUGGUCCAAGGAUGAUUACUUCUACCGCAAUGCGGAAGACGCGGGGUACGCUGGAGAAUGAGUAUAAGUCGCAAAAAAUACUUUUUGCCACACCCGUCGUUAUUGCUCGCCCACCAAUAGGUUGUUUGGGCAAUGACAGUCUCAAUAUCUCCUUGCUGGAUACCCCAAUGAGGCCGAAGGAAUCCCAUCAUUUGUCACCCAUAAAGGAGCAACAAAAAGUUGUUAAACGGUCAACAAAUCAACUGUUCGGUGGCACGGAGGGAAUGAACAAAGUUUCACCCUCUGAAGCUAAGGAUGGCGCAACGGGAGGCUCAAACGGUGGCAAUGUGAAGGGUCAGGGGGUUGGUACGAAUGAUAAUGCUCGCAUUCCCAAUCCCCAACCUAAGGAACGCCCGAUUGUCAUCAACGGAAAAGAGUACACGGUGAUGGAAAAGUUGGGAUCCGGAGGGUCCAGUUCCGUCUUCCUUGCAAAACAGGUGGCCACCGGGAUGGAGUGCGCCGUAAAGCUUGUCAACUUAAACGGUGAUGCGAACCUAGUUGAAGGGUAUCUCAACGAAACGAAGCUGCUAGCAAAGUUGCAAACAAAUGAGAAUGUUAUUGCCUUGUACGACUACGCUCAUAUCCCCGAGGCAAACCAGCUGUUUCUGGUGAUGGAAAACGGGGAGUGUGAUUUGCAUCGAAUUCUGCAAGGCUACAGCAAAGACAUUCCACUGUAUAAUCUCAUGAGCAUCUGGUACCAGAUGGUACAGUGUGUGCACUACAUCCACGAGAACGGCGUGAUCCACCUGGACUUGAAGCCGGCCAAUUUUCUCAUGAUUCGCGGGCGCCUGAAGCUGAUCGAUUUCGGUAUCGCCAGCAACAUUUCGUUCGAUUCGACCAGUAUUAUGAAGUUUUCCCAGGCCGGAACGUUCAACUACAUCAGCCCGGAAGCGCUGAUCGAUACAUCGAGCGAGAUGAGUCCGGCGGGCUCCCAACCCCGAAUUAAAAUGUCGAAAAAGUCGGACAUCUGGUCGCUGGGCUGCAUACUGUACCUGCUGCUCUACAAACGGACUCCCUUUGCGCACAUCAAAAAUAUCUACACGAAGGUGAAUACCAUCACAAACCCCAACACCGUUAUCGACUAUCCACCGCUGGCCAGCUACUACCCACCGAUGCUGCAUGACAUUCUUAAACGAUGUCUCCGGUAUGACGCCAAAUCGCGGGCUUCCACAGCGGAACUGCUCGAGUAUCCGUACGAUAUGGUUAUUCCGCUGAACAAGUGAUGAAUCUACAAAACGCGCAGCAAAGCUUGGCGAAGAGUUUUAGAUGGAUGACGACAAACAGGUGUGAUUUGCUAUUACCCUAUUUUAAAUCACCGAACAUGUCAUAUUUAUACACUUUUUUUCUCCCUCGGAUGAAUUAUGCAAAAAUAAAACUAUGUGGACUGAUGGUUAA